AUGUCUGCUCCAAUCAAGAAGAAAGCUGGUGUUUUGGGUGCCACUGGUAGUGUGGGUCAAAGAUUCAUUUUACUUUUAGCCAACCAUCCUGAUUUUGAAUUAUUCAGAUUGGGAGCGUCUUCCAGAAGUGCUGGCAAGAAAUACAAGGACGCAGUUACUUGGAAACAAACCGAUUUAUUGCCAGAAAAUGCCGAAGAUAUCAUCAUCACCGAAUGUACUUACGAAGCGUUCAAGGAGUGUGAUAUUGUGUUCAGUGGGUUGGAUUCCGAUGUUGCCGGAGAUAUCGAAAAAGAAUUGUUCACUAACGGGUUAGCCGUGGUGUCCAACGCCAAGAACUACAGAAGAGAAGCUGAUGUGCCAUUGGUGGUGCCAAUUGUUAACACUGAUCAUAUUGACAUUGUGGAAAACCGUGUUAAAGCUGCCGUUGCCAAAGGUGAGAAAAAACCAGGGUAUAUCAUUUGUAUUUCCAACUGUUCCACCGCGGGUUUAGUUGCACCACUUAAACCAUUGGUGGAGAAAUUCGGGCCAAUCGAGUACGUCACCGCCGCGACUUUGCAAGCGAUUUCCGGGGCUGGUUUCUCUCCAGGGACCCCAGGGAUCGAUGUUUUGGAUAAUAUCAUUCCUUACAUCAGUGGUGAAGAAGAGAAAAUCGAAUGGGAAACCAAGAAGAUCUUGGCCAACGUCAACAAGUUGGGUGAUGGUUUUGAUCUCUUGACUGAAAACGACAUCAAGGUGUCCGCCCAAUGUACCAGAGUGCCGGUGAGCGAUGGUCACACCGAAUGUAUCAGCUUGAAGUUCAAGAACAGACCAGCCCCAUCGGUGGAACAAGUCAAGCAAGCUCUUAGAGACUACGUUUGUGAUGCUUAUAAGACCGGGUGUCAUUCUGCUCCAAAGAACUCCAUCGUGGUAUUGGAAGAAGACGAUAGACCUCAACCAAGAUUGGACAGAAACAGAGGUAAUGGUUAUUCCGUCACCGUUGGAAGAAUCAGAGAAGAUCCAAUCUUUGACAUUAAGAUGGUUUCUUUGUCCCACAACACCGUUAUUGGUGCUGCUGGUGCCGGGAUCUUGAUUGGGGAGUACUUGGUGGCCAAGAACCUUCUUUAA